GUCUCAAGUGAUUUCUUACGUGGCAAACCAACCUUAAAUUCUCUCUCUUCUCCUUUUUCUCACUUUCUGUCUUUCUGACUCUCCUUUGCCCAAAAGUAUCCCAUUAGGCAAUAUAUUGAUUUUUAAAUUUAGGGUUUUUAAAUUGGGGCAAAACGUAAAGUUUUUUUUGAUUAGAUCUAAAUCCUAUUGACUUCAAAAUAUUAGAGUUUAUUUGAAUGAAUAUGAGCUGAUUAUUUCAUUUUUGGGACAAAUUUCCACAAUGGAGACAACUCCAGUGGCCGCUGUCAAAGAAAACAAGCUAUUUAAAGGAGUUUUCGCCGUUGCCGGAAUCAUGUUUACUCUGGUUAUCUAUGGCGUCUUACAGGAAAAAAUUAUGAGGGUUCCAUAUGGACAAAAUCAAGAGUUUUUCAGAUACUCUUUGUUUCUAGUCUUUUGCAAUCGUCUUGCAACGUCAGCUGUAUCUGCUGCUUCCUUAGUGGCCAGUAAGAAAGCAUUGGAUCCUGUUGCUCCUGUUUAUAAGUAUGGUAUGAUUUCUGUAACAAAUAUUCUAACGACAACAUGUCAGUAUGAGGCCCUUAAAUAUGUCAGUUUUCCCGUUCAAACUCUUGCGAAAUGUGCCAAAAUGAUACCAGUCAUGGUUUGGGGUACCUUAAUCAUGCAAAAGAGAUACAAGGGAUUUGAUUAUAUGUGGGCUGUACUUGUAACCAUUGGUUGCUCUAUCUUUAUUUUAUACCCGGCUGGAGAUGAUAUCAACCCUUACAAGAAAGGAAGAGAGAGCACAAUUUGGGGUGUGUCUCUCAUGGUUGGUUAUCUUGGAUUUGAUGGGUUUACAAGCACAUUUCAAGAUAAAUUAUUCAAAGGCUACAAUAUGGAGAUACACAACCAAAUUUUUUAUACGACACUGUGCUCCUGUGUUUUGAGCUUUACCGGGCUUAUAUUACAAGGGCAACUUCUAGCAGCUGUUGAUUUUAUUUAUAGACACCACGACUGUCUCUACGAUAUUGUACUACUUUCUACUGUAGCAACAGCUAGUCAAUUCUUCAUUUCUUAUACUAUUCGGACCUUUGGUGCUCUCACUUUUGCAACCAUAAUGACCACAAGACAGCUUAUCAGCAUUCUAUUCUCAUGCUUGUGGUUUGUUCAUCCCUUAAGUCCGUUGCAAUGGCUUGGAGCAGUUAUUGUGUUUGGUUCACUUUAUGCGAAAAGCUUCCUGAGGAGCAACACCCAGAAGCCCCCUCCUUUAGCAGACGAGCAACAUAAAGAGUUGACUCCUCUAAAGGGGAACCCGUAAGUUGAAGGCUCUUUCUUAUCAAUAUUGUUCAGGGCGAUGUCAAACCUUGAGGUUGCUAUGCGACCUAUUCACUCCGUUCUUGAGGUUGCUAUGCAACCUGUUGACGCUGAUGUUGAGAUUGCUAAGUGGCCCCAUCAUCAAAAUGCUCAGCCGUGACACUGAGACAAGACCUUUUGGUGGGAGUGGAUGCUUAGUUUGGUAUAAUUAGCAAGUAGGAAACACAUGAGCAGUUGAUAGUUAGGCUAUUUUCCCCAUAUUUUCAAUUGAGGGAAGAGGAGUGAGUUAAAAUAUUACUUAGAAAAAUUGGCAUGUAUUACAACUCUUGAAAUCAAAAAUGUUUGAAUGGCUCUUGGCAAUCAAGUCUAUUUACCUUA